ACGCCCAGCCCUCUUUCGGAGUUUCCGUACGAUGGUCCGAUUUCUAUGGUCCCUCGUCGUCAGUCGUCGGGCUGUCAGUGAAGCCGUCUCAUCCGUACAGCGUUAUCACCUGGGUGGUGGGUGUCGUCGACGGAAUGAAUUGUCGCUAAUGCGGCGUCUGUAGCGUAUUUGGGAAACGUAAUGGAAGGUCAACCACCAUCUGACGGGGGGCUCUCUGCGAAGUACCAAAAGCUUGCGCUGGAGUACUCCAAGAUCCGAGCUCAAGCACAGGUUCUCAAAAAGGCUGUGUCGGAUGAGCAAGCGAGAAAUGCCGAUCUGAAGGAUGCGCUGAAAGAAAGGGAACAAACCAUCCGCAAAAUUGAGCAGGAAGUUGAGAGCCUAAAUUUUUGCAACCAUCAACUGACCAAGCGUGUGAGCUUUCUACAAGAGGAACUAGAGAGAGAUCGGGCGAGCAAAAAUAAGAAGAAGCAUGGCACAUCACCGUUGAAUCAGGGCGUCAUCGACUGUGAGCUGCAAAACCGCAUCCAAGAAAAUGAAAAGCUUCACCUUCAGGUAUCAUCUGCUGAAGUGGAGCAUAAGCGAGUCGUGGAGAACCUCGAAUGUCAGUUGGAGGAGGCACAGAGGGCAGUGGCUUUGCGGGAGAGUGCUCUGAACGAAAUAAUUCGCAAACAGGAAGCCGAUGUCGACCGGCUAACACAGGAUCGAGCAAGGCUAGAGCUGAAGUUGCGGAAUUGUGAGAAGGACCUCAAAAGUGCACUUAUUAAUGAGGAGGCCUGCCGGAACGAGGUUGAAUUCCUACAGUCCUCUCUGGGAGAGCGCUUGAAUGAUGCCACCCAGGCCUUGGCACAAGCUACAUCCUUCCGAGACAAUGCCGUUAAGAAGCUCAAUGCACUGAAUGUGCCCGUGGUGUCGGAGCAACACACAUGCCAAGUGCGUCAGCUACUGAUGUCCCUUGCGGAAGCUGUACCUGAGACAGUCCAGGCCAUAUCCACGCUGCACACCUAUAUGGAGCAACGCGUCCGUCUCCUCCAUGCUUCGUCCACACAGUUUGGGGGACUUCUAUUGGUGUUUGCACGUCACCUGCACAGCAACGUUUCAUACCUGCAACCAAUUGAAGAAGCAUAUCAGAAUUACUUUGACCACACCACUAAAGAAGGACUCUAUUUAUUGAAUGGUGGGCAGUGUGUAGCAGAGAUGUCAGAUUCUAUUUCCAAAUAUGUCUGCUACCUCAACAAGCUAUUGCCUUACACCAUAAUAACGGCAGGACUGUGCAGCACCAGCGAAAAAAGUCAAGAAUGGCGAGCACAGCUCAAGUGCACAUCCCAAAAAAUUGUGGCAAAAUUUAACCAACUUGAUCGCUACUUUCGGCUCCUUUCAGUUCCUCGAGACGACGAAGGAGGUAGCCAUUCUGCAGGGUAUACGACAGUUGUUAACAAAAUUGUUGGCGCUGUGCGGUCCAUCUGUACUGAGUUUGAUGGUGCUAAGAGACAAUUGAGUGCACUCUUGGUCGUGGAGCAUGAUAUGCCAACUGUGUCUGUCGAAUCCAAGACUACAGAUGAUUGCAUCCUCAAUAGCCUGGUGGCAGUUGUAACGUGUCUACGAAAGAUAACAAAGGCUCUCGAACAACAUUCCAAAGUACUCCUGGCUGAUAGCCCCUACUACCAGAGGGGAGUUCGGAAGAUGCCAGACCUUGCACCAUUGCCCACCUGCCACUUGAGUCCAGUUGCACCAAGACUCAAGCAGAGGGGGUCUGCUUACAUCAGCCUUUGCCUCACUAAGGAGCCUCCAGAGUCCAUUCCAUACAAGACAGCUGUCAGGAAUUCGUGCAUCUUGAAAAAUAAUGUGAACAGCCAGGAAUCUCUUGUUCAACAGCUCGAAAACUGCAGAUCCAAAGUUAGGAAACUAGAAGAGGAGAAGGUGCAUUGGAAACUUGAGUGGCAGCUGCUCCAAGCCAAAUUCCAAAGGGAGACCAAAGAGGCCCUGCACUCAGGCGAUGGCCUCCACCAGGAGAAUGGCAGCAGUGAAGGAGCUGUCAUUGCAGCCCAUCUUAAGUCACGCAUCAAAGACUUGAUCGAGCAAGGGCAGCAGGCAGACAGCCGUGCAGUGUACUUCCAUGCUGAGUGCAAGGCGCUGGAGCAGAGGCUACACAGCACAGAGCAAGCACGCAACGCACUACAGACUGAGCUUCAGGAGUUGAAAGCAGCCUUUCGGAAACUGAAGGAGGAAAGUGGAGUGACAACGAGGAACUACGAAGACCAACUAAGCAGCAUGAGCGAACACCUGGCCAGCAUGAAUGAGAAGCUCACUCAGCAGAAAGACGAGAUAGAUGCUCUUAGACAUUCCAACAAGGUCGGGAAAAAGUUGAAGUGAUUUGCAGAGUGUUCACGGUAAAUGCUACAGUAUAAGAAACAUGUGCAGAAUAUUUAUACAUUUGUUUAGGCUGUCCAAAAAUAAAGUUCCUGCAUAGUGCAUCGUGAACCCACCACUAAAGCAAGGUGUGAUUGCAGCUUCAUGUAAAAUAAAAAUUUUCUGUCUGUUUAAAACCUGCGCAAUUGUUUAACGAGUCAUGUGCACUUUCACAACUGUGCAAAUAUAUAAAUGCCUUUAUUGAU